UGUCUAUCCGAUUACACAUCGUUUAAUAUAUUUUCAAAUAGAAGCGUGGAGGUGGGAUAGGCGCAGUUGUCUUACAUUCUUAUUUUUAGUACUAGUUGAUAAAAUAACGUGUCGGUGUUGACAUAAGAGGAGAAGCAGGUUUUUCUCGCUAUUAUGUCGACGGCUAUUUUGGCCGCGGUUGCUGUUAUUUUAUGUAUAUUAUUCCGAAUUUUGAAUGUCAGUGCCCAGCCUCAGAAGCCCACUAUCUGGUGCGGCGACAACAAUUUUUUGGAAAACAUAUUGAAAAUAUCUCCUUUAUUAAAUGAACCAUACAUUCCAACAAGACUAUGGGGAUUUAGUGGUCAUGUUCAAACUAUCCUUCAUAGCGUCAUAGGCCGUGUCAAGUGUCCAUGGCCAAUUGGUGAAAGAGUAUUUUUGACCUUACAAGAUGGUACCACUUUGACAUAUGAUUUGUAUCAACCGCUGGACACAAGUUUUCCAGACGAUGUCUCAGUAGCAAUUUGCCCUGGUAUUUGCAAUACGUCUGAAAGCGUUUACAUUCGCACCUUUGUUCAUUGGGCACAAUGUCAUGGUUACAGAUGUGCUGUGCUGAAUCAUGUCGGCGCUUUGUCCAAAGUUCCUGUAACGGCGCCCAGAAUCUUCAGUUAUGGCAGCACAGAUGAUUUCCACGCAAUGUUACUAAACUUGAUAUGUAGACAUCCUAAUACCAAGUUGGUUUGCGUGGGCUUCAGUCUUGGUGGUAAUAUAGUGACUAAAUAUCUAGGAGAAUCAGGAAAAAUCAAGCAUCCUAACAUUAUGGGUGGCAUCUCUAUAUGUCAAGGAUACAAUGCUAUUGAAGGUACUAAGUGGUUACUAAAUUGGCAAAACUUCAGACGUUUUUAUCUAUAUGUAAUGACGGAAAAUAUGAAGAACAUAAUUCUACGACAUAGUAAAAUGUUACUUAAUGAAGAUAUUAAACAACGUCACAACUUGUCUGAAAACGAAAUAAUAUCUGCUGCCACACUACCCGAACUAGAUGAAGCUUAUACUAGAAGAGUUCAUGGAUUUGGAAGCGUGUCUGAACUUUACAAGUGGAGUUCGAGUAUUAAUUAUAUUAACAGUAUAGAACACCCCGUCAUAUUUAUUAACGCCAAAGAUGAUCCAAUUGUACCAGAACCUUUAUUGCAGCCAGUUAGGGAUAUUUCAAUGGAGAAACCAAAUACUGCUCAUAUCGAAUUAAUGCACGGAGGUCAUCUGGGUUUUUAUGAAGGUGGAUUUAUCUACCCGAACCCUAUAACCUGGCUGGAUCGAACUUUAGUUGCCUUAAUAGGGAGCUUAGCGCUAAACUAUGAUGACAAAAUAAUCAAGUCAAGGUCAAACAUUCAAACAUAAAUCGAAUAACUUGUUAUGUCUGUGUUAUGGUGACAGUAGAGAUUAGAACUUGUGAUAUAUGUUCUGCUUAUUGUGAAGUUUUGCAGCUGUUAAACUUUGACGAAUUGGUUGUCAUGCAUUAAUGCAUUUCACAACUUUUACCUCAAUGCAAAAAAUAAAACGAAAGCAUUUAAAUUAUUUGUUAAAUAAAUUUGAAUUGAAGUAAGUAUAAAUGAAUAUAGGUUCAAUUUUAAGUUGCAUUUUUGGGGUAGUGCACCUUUUGCAAUAAAUCGAAAUUCGUUUUACGCAUUUUUGACCAAAAGAAAAGUGUAAACUGUUCUAAUUUUCACUUUCUAUUUGGCGGUAAUACGGAAUAAAUGGGAUCAAAACAGGAGUUAAGUUGUCAGCAACUUGAUGUAAUGACCUUGAUUUACCAAAAUAGUCAUUUAUAAUCUUUGUUACUUAAGAAUUCAUAAAAUUUGGAGUUUGUAAGACUAAUCUGUAGACCAUAAGACUGUAGACAAAAUACUUGUAAAGAUUUUAAUGAAGCGUUAAAGACUUUUAAAAACUCAAGGUAAAGAAAGUUGGUAUUGGGUAAAAUAGGGCAUUUCAUAUUUUCUUCCUCUUUUCCUGGCAUUUUCCUAUAUCGAGAGCAUAUUGAGAAGAUAAUUCGAUGGAGUUGUAUUUCGAAAUUUUAAAAUUAUUCCACAGAUAAAAAGAGGAUUUAACUGUCUACUGAAAUCACUGCGGUUAUUUGUAUUUGUAUUUCCGAUAUGUUAACAAUAAUUAUUAAAGCAUUGCAAAUAGGUUAUUUUUAAUAAAUUUGUAGAUUUUCGCUCAUAAAAACCGGCAUAAGCUCGCGAAUUAUCUCCCUCAUAUAGCCCUGAGAAGAAACCCAAUUUUGUAUGUCUAUUAUGAGAACUUGAAAUGUCACGAAAAUAUCUACAUAAAUCCUAAAAAAAAUAUGAAUAAUAAACACAAUGGUGUUAACUACAAGUCUGCAUAGUGAGAACUCGUAAAACACUAAUAGCGCUGUUAUAUAUUUCAAACUGAAAUUCUGCAGCAACACCUUAAGAAGACAUGGUUAUCAUAUAAUAAACUUACAUAAUUAAUAAGAAAAAGUAAUUUAUAUUAAGGUUGAUGAUUUUUGAAUAUGGUAAGCAAAAUUAAGUUUUGAAUUCCUAUAACUUAAGUAUCAUUGAACUGCUUUUUAUAAAUUUAAUGACAACUUUUAAGUUACAUACCAAUAUAUUUUUGAGGGCACCAUGUAGCUUUAUAGCCUUUUAAAGACAAAAAAAACUCCUGAUAAAUGUCUUAUGUUAUUCAUUGUCUCAAAGAAAAAAAAUAUUUUUUAGUCUACCGUUUGUGUAUUAAAAUCCCAACAUACAUUUUUACUGAUCACACACAAUCGCCAAUUUUUGUUAAAAUUUUUGUUAAAUGUAAAUAAAAUUUAAAAACAUAAAACGACAGACAAAAACAAAAUUUUUGUGCAGGCCAAUGAAUUCUUCGUAAAGCCAUCUAUCAAAAUAAUAACAGAGACACUAGAAAGGUACUCAAAAAUGCGUUUAUUUUGCUUUAGAACAGAACAGGGACCGUGUGCUUGUAUUUGAUACCGGGUAGCGCAUAGUGGAUGGCCUAUUAGAAGUAUCUGGCGAACUUUAAAUUAUACAAGAUGAUGUUAGAGGUAUUUUAUUUCUUUAAAACGUUUUCAAAGAUGCAGUGUUGCCGCUUCUGUAUAAACGUGGCAACAUCUUGCUUAAUUUAAACGUCACCCCCAAGAUUAAAUAAAAAAAAAAUAAUUUCCUAGACCUUUAAGCAAUUUGGAACCAUAAAGAAGUCUUAAUAGUUCCGCGCUUUAAUUGAGCAAAAAGUCGAACUUUUCCAGACAGUUCCCGGAUAUUUCCCGUUUUAAAAAUAAGAUUUUGUACGUAAGUUCUGGAAACACAAUUUUCACAUGUUCAAAUUUCCCUAUACCUAACUCUUACUCUAAUUUAUUUUCAUGAUUUUUAUAUAGAAUUUUUUACAUUACGAAGAAAGUUUCGCACAUGGACAGAAUCAGCUUUGUAAAAUCUGAUGUUUUGACUUUCUUUCUAUUUCUCGCUUUUUCUGGAAACAUAUUAUUUUUAAAAUGCCGUACAUCCAGGUCCUGUCUGGAAAAGUUUCGACUUUGCGUUUAAUUAAGGCACGGAUGAUUUCUUUGGGUCCAAAUUACUUAAAAACUUUAGGAAAUUAUCUUUUAUUUCUAUAACUGUAAGACAUAGGUAUAGAGAAACCUGAACAACAUCUAUUUUGUUUCUUGAGUAGAAUCUAAAAACGAAAUAAUAUACAGGAGGUACCACUGAAUGCUUGAAAAUAUUUUAGAGUGAUAGUUGAUGUGUUCGCCAGAUAGUUCUAACGGCUGCGUGCCAUCCGGUAUAUAUACUGUUCCAAAACCCCAUAUACCGACUAACCAGAAACUCCUUCAGAAAUGCACUUGCUUUGUUUUUUUAUUAUUUCUAGACCAGCUAAGGACGUUCAAAGAACAUUUAAUGUUUUAUAUGUAUUUAGAAUUUAAAUGUAUAUUUAACUGUAUUUAUUUAAUGGAGCAUAUAUCAUUUUAUAUAAAACAACUAACCAAAGCGUAUUUGGAAAUAGAUAAAGGGUCUUGAAAUUUAAAUCAAUAUUAUGUCCAAAGAGUGAUGGUGAUGUUGGUCAGUCAAAAUUUCCUUUAAAUUAGUUGUAGCAGUGAAUACACUAAGAAAAAGAGUCCAAGUUAAAGGACUAAAUUCACACUUAAAUUACACAUAUUCAUAUUAACUGUCUUUCCGGCUUUCUUUUUUUUUAAGUAAAAUAUAAUCGUUUACAUCGUGUUAUAGGAGGUAUUACUUGUGUACUUAAUUUUAUAGUUUUAUAAUUUUUGGAUAAAAUAUUACUGUUGAAUUCAAAUUUUAAGCUGAAUUACUUUCACCAAAUAUCUGCAAAUAAUUUUCGCUGAACUGGAAUACUCUUUCGAAUGUUAGCGCGUUUGUUGUGUGUAACUAUUGUGAUAUUCUACUUGAUUUUUAUUACUGGUAUUCGCAAAAUAUAUUUUUAUAAAGUUUUUUAAGCUCUCAAAGUGUUCAUAAUCGUUUUUCUUAAAAUAUUUUGAUUGGGUUUCAUAAACAAUGCAGGGAAAUCUUUUAUUAAUUUUUGCCAAAGACAAGGGUACAUAUGUUUUAUUAAAAUAGAUUAGAUACUACCGAGUAAUUACUGGAAUUAUGAAAUUUUAUAAUAUAUUUUAACAAACCUUUUGUAAAACACGUUUUCUAUAGCAUCAAUAAAAUAUUUGUCUUUCA